UCGCCGCCUGCUCCGCGUCCCCCGCUCCCAUUCCCAGCCCCCUCGUCAAAACCGCCGCGGACGCGAGGGGAGAGAGCGACAAGCCCACGACGAAGUGGCCUCCCCUUCCCUCCCCGUCCUCCCGUCCCGUCGUCUUCACUCCAACUCCUCCUCCUCUGCUGCUGCUAUUGCGAUUGGGAGGGCGGUCCUUGUCGCGAGCGACGCCGAGGCUUCGGGACGGGGAUUGAUUGCACGACCCCGCCAGACUCGGUGCCGAAUUACUCUAGUGGGCAGCGGCGCGCGCUCCGGUGGUGGUGGUGUAGCCGGCGUGUUUGAGGAACCUGCGGCGGCGAUGGGCCAGGACCUCGUCGAGAUCCACCCGCGCGAGCUCCAGUUCACCUUUGAGGUGAAGAAACAAAGUUCAUGUACUGUCCAUCUAGUCAACAAGUCCAAUGAAUAUGUUGCUUUCAAGGUUAAAACAACAUCUCCAAAAAGAUACUGUGUUCGACCAAAUACUGGAGUUAUCCUUCCUAGGAAAACAUGUGAAUUCACAGUUACCAUGCAAGCACUCCGAACUGCUCCACCAGACAUGCAAUUAAAAGACAAGUUUUUGGUGCAGACCACAGUUGUUCCUUAUGGUACAUCUGAUGAGAACCUUGUUCCUGCCUUUUUCUCCAAAGAAACUGGCAGGUACAUUGAGGAAAGUAAAUUGAGAGUUGUCCUUGUUAGUGCAUCCCAUUCUCUUGAAGAGGAACCCAUUAAUGGAGUUCACGACACUGAGCCAGCUGUUGAAGUUCCUGUACUGAAAGAGAUGCCAAAUAUAGAGAACGAAGUGCCAGCUGUUGCAAAAGAAGUUCCUCCCCCUCUGGAACAAACUCCAGCAAUUGCAACUGAAAUACCUUCACCUGUCAAAGAGACUCCAGGCUUGAGAGAAAUUCCUGUGCCAAUAAAUGAAGCACCAGCUGCAUUGACAGAAUCUUCUUCCAAUCAAAAAGAUUCAUCUGCUAUUGCUAUUGAACCUGCCUCUACUGUUACAAUUGAACAUGCCCCUGCUACUACGAUUGAAUCCCCUCCUUUGAAACAAAGCACUGCAGUUUUUAAGGAAUCUCCUCCACUGGAGAAAACUCCUCCUAAAGAAGCUGUUAUGCUAAGUGAUCGAGGACUUUUCAAUGUGCAGAACCAUCAAUUAUCUCAUGUAACAGAAGAUGUUCAGAAUCUGAAGUCAAAGCUCAACAAUCUUGAAUCAAAAUUGGAAGAGGCUGAAAGGAUGAUAAUAAGGCUAAGAGAAGAGAGCAGAAGUACCACCCAGGAGCGGGACAAGUUACAGCAAGAAAUGGUAUUUCUAAGAAAGAAGGGUGCUCCCAGGAGUCAAGUGGGCUUUCCCUUGCUGUUUGUGGUGUACGUGGCGCUUCUUGGUACCUCACUCGGUUACCUGCUGCGAUUAUGAGUUCCGUGCUCAGCAGCUGGGGUGCUCGAUGUGGCAAGAGAGUUGAAGGGCAGUCGCACUCCAAAAUCUUGGAGAGGAGCAUUUGUUAGCAUUAUUAGUGCAGAUGGUUUUGGAUAUAACAGCGGUGGCAAACUAAAUUACCAGUUGCCUGUAUGUAUAGAACAGUUCUUUUUGCGUUGUAUAGAACCCACCCAAAAGAUGCCUGUUGCGCUGCCUCGUAGAUUAACCUGGGUUUAUUCCAUUUGCCCAAGUUUUUCUUUUUUACAGUUUGCUGGAUUCGGUUCUCCUGAAUGAUUACAAUCUUUUGUGUUAUUUACCAUUUGGUUCGUGACACA